GUGAAAUUCAAAUUUAAAACUGAACAUUCAUCAGAAUUUUAUUACUGAUGAGCUCAGCAAAAGCAGGUCUAAAAUAAUCCAUGCAUUCACAUGUCCAUGACUGAGUAAAGCUUAACAAGGACAAUGGAGAAGACACAACCUGAUGGAUUUAACAUGCUGAUUUGUGAAGAGGAAUUCCACGUUGAAGAUCAUAAUUCCUUCCGCAUAUCUAACCAAAGAAGGCAACCAGUGACUUUGUUCACUCCAGGGAGACGCAGCAGACAGGCUGCAGUAAUCUUGGUGCUUCUUGCUGGUCUUCUACUUAUACUUGAUAUUGCCCUUUGGGUGCAUUACAGUGGAUUGCAAGAAACUCACCUCACACUCAAAGACACUGAAAUCCUUGAAAAAGACCUCAGCGAACUUCACAAGCAAUAUAAGACGGCAGUGGAAAACAUUUAUUCUGCUCAGAAGCAGCUGGAUGGUGAAAUGAACAGUCAGAAAGAAACCAAGUGGGAGCUCGAACAUCAGAUGAAAAGGACUGAAGACUACAAAGUGCUCAUUGAGAAAGUUACACAGGACCUUGGAAAAUUGAGAUCACAAGUACCACAGAUCUCUGAUGGCUGUAGUCACUGCCCUCCAGGAUGGCUCUUCAUAAACUUGGUGUGUUAUUACUUCUCUUCCAACAACGCUGGCCUGAAAUCAUGGCAAAAAGCCAGAGAGUUCUGCCAGAUUUAUGGAGGAGAUCUUACAGUCAUUGACACCAAAGACAAAGAGAAGACAAUCGUAAAUUACUUGUUAAAUCAUGGUCAGAAUCCUUCAGAAAGCAGAAGUGCUUUCUGGUUUGGACUGAGAGAUUCUAAAGAGGAAGGCACCUGGCACUGGUUGGACGGAACAUCCCAAGUUGAAGGGUACUGGAAAGUUGGGCAGCCAGAUGAUUAUCACAGCAACGAGGACUGCGCAGCAGUGUACCCUACUGAAAACUUCUUCAGGGCCUGGAAUGAUUUAGAAUGUGGAUCAAGACAAAACUGGAUUUGUGAGAAAGCACCAACUUAUAAGUUCCUAAACGGAACAAAUAAUCAAUAGUCUAAAUACAGUGAUCACUUACACCUCCAUAAUAAAAGAAAGAAAAAUCCAGUAAUGAGGUGGAAGUGUCUCAGCAAAAACUGUAAUUGUAUAUCAUUAGACAAGCUUCCCGCCACCUGCAGCAUUUCAUAACAAGUUGUCUACUAAUCUGCAUAUCUAUGUACGUGUGAAAAUUGUAAGAUUGACUGAAUAAAGGAGUCUAAUUAAAAUGUGCUUCUAAGUAGUCAGACUAGAAAAAUACUAUAUGAUUAACGUCCAUUUAAACUGCAUUUACAGCUCUCCAUUCAAAGACUUACCAUUUUGACAUUAGCCUUAAAAAAAUAUAAACGUGUUGUCAUUGUGCCACAUUUGCUUUGCUUUUUUGCAAAUAUUAAUCUUGAAUUUAUUUGCUGCAUGUCUAUGAAAAAUUGUCAAUAAAUUUCAUCCUAAUGUAUUGGUGAGUUUAAAUAAAGGGUCUGCUUUAUACAGCACUUUAAGAUACUUUGCAAAGAGUAAAAAAGAGAAAGAAAAAAUUCAAAGCAAGGCUAAGGUAAUUUAGCCAAGUGAACUAACAAACAAUGAAAAAAUAUGUUAAAUUAACUUUAGAAACUAAUGCAAGAUAAGCUAUCUGAAUUAGUAAUACAAACAAAUGUGACCUUGUCUGCUAUAUUUUUGCAUUACUAGUUCAGUUUAUGAUA